CCUAGUAGCCGCUGUUUCCUCGGGUCAACAAAAGUUCACAACAAAUUCUCGGAUUCCUGAUAAGCGAGGGCAAUAUUCGACUUUCAUCUCUCGGGCCGGGCAAUAAACGUAACGUGUGUGAUUUGAUUUCUAUCAUUUGUCAUCGAAACACCCCGGGGAACGGACGGAAAAUUCGCUUUGCCGGCAGCUGCUUUUGUUUUUGCAUUGGGAAAAUAUGGUUUUCAUUACGAAAUUCGCGAGGAUUGGACUGCAGGCAGCCCGCCAGCUGAGUGCUACACCCCUUGCCGCCGUCCAGGGACGCGCCUUCCACCUGACCAGCCUCCUCGCCAAAGAACGUCGCUACACAAACAAACACGAGUGGGUGGAGCUGAUUUCCGGAAACAACGCGAUCGUGGGAAUCUCCAGCUACGCUCAGGAAGCUCUCGGAGACGUGGUCUUUGCCCAACUGCCGGAACCGGGAACGGAACUCAAGCAGGACGAUGAAUGUGGAGCCCUGGAGAGCGUGAAGGCGGCAAGCGAGGUCUACUCGCCCGUCAGUGGCAAGGUGACGGAGAAGAAUGGCGAGGUGGAGGACACACCUGCCCUGGUCAACAGUAGUUGCUAUGAGAAGGGCUGGCUCUUCAAGGUAGACCUCAAGAACCCCAAGGAACUGGACAGCCUCAUGACCGAGGAGCAGUACAAAACCUUCUUGAGCAGCAGUGGCGAUCACUAGAACCAGCACCAACUUAACCUACUCGACUAUAGCCUUUAAAACAAGCAAACUCGCAUUUGUUAUCAGCUCCUAAAAAUCACACAAAAACCAUCCAAUCACCAACCAAACUCAUCGCCAUACACACGUUGUUGUAGCUCUUGAAUUUGUUACGAAUAAGAACCAACAGUAAAGCCAAA